AUGAGAAUUCUUAAUCCACUUUUCUGCUCAACGAUUCUUCUUAUAUGGGUGUCAGAAGCGCACGCCUUGAUUCUUGCACCAAGUGUAAAAUUCUGGGGACGACGACGGAGUGAACAACGAAGUAGUGGCAAACGUAUUAAGAAUUGGCGGUUUACUCGACGUCGGUGUGAUACAACGUCCUGCGAGUGGCAUUGGGGGUCGUGUUCGGAAGAAUGCGGGGGCGGAAGACAGUCGGCUGUUUUAACACGAAGCCAAGGUCAAUGUGGAUCCUGUAAUAGACCAUCGGGUUCGAGACCAUGCAACACGCAUUGUUGCGAAGCUUUAUCGUUUCGUGUUUUGGUCUUAACAGUAAAUUGUCGAUGGGAUUCGUGGUCAGGAUGGGAGCAAUGCUCUCGCAAUUGUGGAGGUGGAACGCAAUCUAGAUCAAGAGAUUACUACAGAUCCGCAAGAUGCGGGGGAUCAUCCUGCUAUGGCCCAGGUAGUCAAUCUCGAUCUUGCAAUAUUGGUUGUUGUCCAGUUCACUGCUCGUGGGGGAGUUGGGAAGCAUAUGGGUCUUGCUCAGAACAGUGUGGUGGUGGAACUCAAACUAGAUCUAGAAGCGUUGCCAUUUCUGCUUUCUGUGGCGGGUCUGGUUGUUCUGGCUCAAGCACUGAAUCUCUGCCGUGCAACACCCAAUGCUGCCCUGUGGACUGUCAGUGGUCAUCUUGGAAUCCUUUUAACACUUGUUCUGUUUCGUGUGGAAAUGGGACCCAAUCCAGAUCUCGCAAUGUUGCCAUUUCUGUUUCUUGUGGUGGUAACUCAUGUGCUGGGGUUCCAACAGAUACUAGAUUGUGCAACACUUUAUCCUGUCCCAUACAUUGCACAUGGGAAAACUGGACACACUGGGGAGAAUGCAACGUCACAUGUGGUGGGGGGACGCAGGAACGUAAACGAGAGAUUGCAAUUGAAGCAAUGUACGGAGGAGUUGGUUGCAAUGGAUUCGCAUCAGAAAGCAGAUCAUGCAAUGAGAUUUGCUGUCCUGUAGCAUGUGAAUGGGAAGUUUGGGGUUUGUGGGAAAAAUGUUCAAAAUCAUGUGGUGCAGGUGUCAAGGAAAGAAGAAGAUAUAAGUUGGUGAAAAAAAGUUGCGGCGGUGAAAUGUGUUCUGGAAACGCAAACCAAGUCCAACUAUGCAAUGAUGCUUGUUGUCCAAUUGAUUGUAAAUGGACCGAAUGGACAAGCUGGAACAGAUGUUCCACGACUUGUGGUGGGGGAAUACAGAGCCGUAAACGUGAAGUGGCAACUCAGGCAUUUUGUGACGGACUGCCAUGUACUGGAGCCACAAAUGAAACAAGAACAUGUAGUUUAAACUGUUGUCCAGUUGAUUGUGUCAUUAGUUAUUGGUCUGAAUGGGGUAGGUGUUCAGCUACAUGUGGACCUCAUGGCUAUAAAACUAGGACAAGAAACAUAAUAAAGGAAUCCCAGUGUGGUGGGCAAACAUGUAGCAAUGAUUUGGUUCAAACCUCAACUUGCAACAGAGAAUGUUUCAAUGGUGGAAAUGUAACAACAACUGAAUGCAUUUGUAAGGCAGGGUGGGCAGGCAUAUGCUGUGAAACAGAUGUCAAAGAAUGCCAAACCAAUCUACACAACUGUGAUGUACAUGCUGACUGUAUUAACACAUUCGGGGGAUUUUACUGCAUUUGUAAAGAAGGUUACACUGGAGAUGGAAUAACAUGUUUAAAUAUCAAUGAGUGUAAUGCAAGUACAACAUGCCAUACAAAUGCGAAAUGUACAGACAACCAAGGAAGUUACACAUGUGCAUGUGAUGAUGGUUAUACUGGUGAUGGCCAAUCAUGCAAUGAUAUUGAUGAAUGUUUUGAAGCACAAAAUGAAUGCGAUAUAUCAGCUAUUUGCAAAAACACUGAAGGCUCAUACACUUGCACUUGUAAUGCAGGGUAUACAGGAAACGGCACUUCAUGCCAAAAUUUAAACGAGUGUAAUUUUGAUAUGAAUGACUGUGACCAGAAUGCUGAUUGUGUUGACAGACCUGGAAGUUUUACUUGUAUCUGCAAUGAUGGUUACUCUGGCAACGGAACUGUUUGUACUGAUAUAAAUGAAUGUGAAGCAAGUCUUUCACCAUGUCACAGUAAAGCUACAUGCAUAAACACAGAUGGAGAAUAUCAAUGUAAAUGCAAGGAUGGAUUUACAGGAAAUGGGACAGACUGUAGCGACAUAAACGAGUGCAUUGAAAUUGGAGGAUCGUCUUCAUUAUGCUCUUACCACUCUAGCUGCAUCAAUUCACAUGGAUCAUAUCAUUGUGACUGUAAUUCUGGAUUUAAAGCAGACAUGCUUGGACAAUGUAUUGAUAUUAACGAAUGCAUACAAGAAACACAAAACGUCUCAGUUUGCAACCUUAACGAGUAUUGCUAUAAUAGUGUUGGAAGUUACAACUGUUUAUGCAAAGCGGGAUAUGAAAGAAAUAGUGAAACAGAUUGUGCAGACAUUGAUGAAUGUGUAUUGGGGAGUCAUUGCUGGAACAAUUCUUACUGUCAAAAUACAAUUGGAAGCUACGCAUGCCUGUGUGAUACUGGAUACACUAAGACUAAUGUAACAAAUGGAACAUGUCAGGACAUCAAUGAAUGCUUGCUACUAAACCAUGGUUGCCACACCAAAGCAACCUGCUAUAACUUAGAUGGAGAUUAUGUUUGCGAGUGUAAUGGUGGUUACAAGGGGAAUGGAACAUACUGCGAAAAUAUAGAUGAAUGUUUAGAGAACACAGCUUACUGCCAUAGAGAUGCAACUUGUAGCGAUACUGAGGGUUUCUAUGCUUGUAUUUGUAAGCAAGGCUACACUGGUGAUGGCUUAUAUUGUACAGACUUGAACGAAUGCAAAGAUCCAAACAGCUGCUCUGCCGUAGGAUCCGAAUGCACCAACCUACCAGGAAGUUACUCUUGCGCUUGUAAACAAGGAUACUCUGGGGACGGAAGCCAAUGUUCAAAAAAAUCCCCACCAAGACCGGCGGACCAGUUCAGUGCAGAAGCUAUCGGAUCACAAACCAAAGCACAAAGUGCUUCUACAAUGCUCGCUCUCUUUGCAACAGUGGGGGCGGUUGUGUUCUUUAUGGUUAUGUUCAUCGCUGUAAGGAUAUACAAGAUACGGAAUAAAAAACAAUAUACGCCACAAAGUGAAGGAACCUCGAACCCAAUGGCUAUCAACGGGGAAAUAAACGACGACGACUUGUAAAAGGAACCGUAAUUAUAUUGCGAAUAUUGUGAUUUGGGAUUUAUACCAGCCACAAUGUUGUUUGAAAAUUUGAGUGAGGUUUUACCCGUGGUGUUUUAACGACUGUAUAGUUUUGUUGCUAAUUUCCUUUUCCAUGUUGUUUUACUUAAACUGAUCUUCUCUAUAGAGUAACUGCUAUUAAAACGAUAAUUUAUGUGUUAAGUUUAAUAUUUACACGAAGUUAAAUGUAAAUAAAUAUCUCAUAUAAUAAGUAUGUAUAGCAUACCAAUUAA